ACGACCUCAAACCACAGGAGAUCGUCGCCGAGGCGUUGCAAGACCUGCCCGGCAAUCCGCACAUUGAGUCAACCUUGGCACUUCUUGCCGGUCUCGCCCCGCCCAUUCCCGAAGUGGAACCUCCCCAAAUCUGGUCCCACUACGACCCCUUGGCCCGCCUAUGGCAGCCCAUUGCUGUGGGCACCAUCGAGAAGGCCCGUGCCUGGAAGCUCGACCCCGAAGUGCCCUGCAAAUCGGCGGAAAUUGUCGAGAAGGUGAACAUUACUCGGGUUCCUGCGCUUCGGAAACUUCUAGAGGAGAACCGCCCCUUUAUCAAGCACCUGCAACGAGUCACCGGCGAGGACUUUAGCCCCAAGGGGCGGGGCUGGAUGUACAUUGGCUACGUCCUCGAUACUAUCAUCAGCGAGGCGGCCUACUUCCGAGAAGCUUUCAGAGCGCCGAACUGGCUCGACCGGCCAGCGCUAGUAGUUUUAGAGCAAAUUUACGAUCAGGUGUACCGCGUUUUCGGGAACGCCCCUCGGUACCUGAAGACCCGAGGUGGGCUCCUGCUGCGCGGCCUUCUCGAUAACAUGAUCAACACGGUGGCCGCAGGUGGAACUGGAAAGCCCAAGGUCUACAUCGCCACCACCACCGACAAUAUGAUUGCCAUUCUGGAGCACGCGAUUGGCCUCUUUCUGGGUCGACCUGACUUUGGGGCCACCCUCCUGCUGGAACUUCGUCAGCCGAGACGAUACUUGGAGGCUAGUUCCGCUCUGGGCUAUGGACCGGCCCAGAGCCUUGAAGAGCCCACCGUCCAUCUUUUCUACGUCAAUGCCACCAACAACUUCGAGGUGUACCCG